AUGUUUUGUAUUGUUCUUCAGUGGGAUGGUGUAACAUCGGUAUGGAAAUGGGACGAACGUUAUGAUAGCGUCAGAUCGUGUCAGACGAAUCGAAGGACUGCCGAAGAUUCAUGCGACGAGUCAUAUAAACCGGUGAGCAAACGUCGGAAAGGUGUGCAGCGCAAGAAAUUCGCCCGUCAGUGGCCAGCCGCAACUGCCGGCAAGCACUGCUCGACGACCAUUUCUCACGUUAACGAAUUGUUCUACUCAUUUUAG